CCAACGGUCGUGGUUAUCGAUACGCUUUAACCUGUUGGAAGAAGUUCAUGAAAGCCGCUCGGAUUAAGAGAUGGAACAGGCUGCUGUCACACUUUUGAAUAAUGUUGAUCUUAAUGUUGAUGAUUACACCAUCAGAAUCCGCAUUGUCAGGCUAUGGACAAGACCUACUUUCAAUAAUCCUAGAAAGAUUUAUUGCUACGACAUGAUAUUCAUGGACCAGGAGGGUACGAAAAUGCAGGCCUUUGUUUUACAGAAAAACACUACUGGUUAUGAACAUUUGCUGAAAGAAAAUCAAUGUUUAACCAUUCGUAACCCUUCGAUGGGUGAAAAUCGUCAAAAAGUCAAAUAUGUUCAUACUUCGUUCAAGAUCAAUCUAAAUCCCAACACUACUGUCCAAGAAUGCAAUGAGCCUGUUGGUGCUGAAUGGGGAUUUGACUUUUCUCCAUUUGAUUCUAUUGUGGAUGACCCUCUAGAUGAUAGCAAGUCUUUCAAAAGCCCUAUUGAUGUUAUCGGUUUUGUUGUCAAGUGUCUUCCGUCAGAUGAUAAGAGUGAUAAUAAUAACGGCAAAGACGAGAAGAAGACAACCUUUAUUUUGGAAGAUUUGCAACACCAUCAGAUUUACGUCACGUUAUGGGGUUGUUAUGCUGAUCAGAUUUUGGAUUUUGAGAAAAACAAUAAGGACGAAAAGAAUGUUGUGGUUGUUGUUCAGUUUGGGAAGUACAGAUUUUGGGGAGGUAAUAUGUAUGUCUCAAAUUUGUAUAAUGUAACUCGAGUCUUGAUAAACUCUGAGGUGAAAGAGAUAAUGGAUUUCAAGAAAAGAUUUAUCGAGAGACUUUCUCCCGAUAUUUCUUCCAGUUAUUCUGGCUUAAGUUCUCCUGUUGUGAAGACUGUCACUGAAGAGUUCCUAUCUGACUUGACGUUUUAUCCCAUUGGGUCGUUAAACUCAAUAGAUACGACGAGGUUUGUUGUCAUUGUUGGCACUAUCAAGAGUUUUGCAUCGAACAAUGAGUGGUUUUACAACGCCUGCACAACCUGCAACAAAAAGGUUUCAACAACUACUGUUGUUAAACAGAAGCAGGAUGGUACUGAUGGUGUUGAAGAGGUCACUGUCUUGGAAUGCAAGACUGAUGUUUGUAAUACAAAGAACGUUUCAUCAGUUCCAAGAAUUAGGCUUUAUAUACGUGUGCAAGAUUGUACUGGUAUUGUUAGCCUGACAUUGUUCGAGCGUGAGGUGACAAAGCUUUUGAAGGUUAAUGCUAAUCAGCUUUUAGACAACAACAUUGAAUUAGCAAACGAAGGAAGUUUUCCAAAUGAGCUUAAUUCUUUACUCAAUAUGAAGUUUGCGUUCAAGAUUGCUGUUUCUUCUUUUAACAUUACCAAAAAGUCUGAUGGCUACUCAGUCUCCAAGAUGACUAAUAACCCUGUCGUUUUAUCGGAGCUUGAUAAACAUUUUGACACUAUUCAGCCUAUUGAUGAAGAAGCCUUCAGUGUCGAACCAUCUGAUUCAAAUCGUAUUGAAGAUUUGCCUGUUAAGGAUUCCAUAUCCCAAACGGGAGACGAUGUAACCCCUAGCUCGAAUGUUUUUAAAGUUGGCUUUACAACAUCGUUUGAUCAGAAGGAUGCUGACUUGGAUACGAACAGCGAACGUGACUUGAAGCGCAAUUUGGAUACCGUGUAUGACGUGGAUGUUGUUUCUUCCCAGUCUUCAUCAAAGAUGCGUAAAGACGGUGGUGUCGAUGAAGUUAUUCUGAUUCCAAAUAAAGAAGCUUAG